GAAAAAUCUAUCAGAGGAUUCAAUAGUACUAAUAUUUUCUAUUCAACUACGUGGAUUUACUAUUCCACCUAUGUAGACUUAUGGUCGUUGCAAAUCGAAACUCUGACAACCUGAAGCCCAUGACAGUUAUGUCUCCUGCUUUAGACGAAGCAGAUUCACAAUGGCUCAUCCAGCUUACUGCUAUGAGAACGGCAAUCACUGAGCUAGAUUUGCCAAAGGAGAAUAAAGAUUUCUGCCAAUACGGAAAAGACAUUGUCGUAGACGAUGCUGACCUACUGGAGAUAACGUCAGUUGACAACUUUUGGGAUCUAAUCAGCGACGCCUCCGAUCAAGAAACCAGUGACGAUGAUCAAGAGAUCGACGGCAAAUUGUCAGGAGAUUCUGUUUCCAAUCACCUAGCCCACGUCCACACGUGGCUUCAGGAACGAUGUACGGAAGUUGCUUCCCGUAAUGCUGGACUGGAUGCAAAAGCUCUUCAGGAUCAAAUCCAAGCAAUCAUCGCAUCUGAUAGCAAUAAUGAUGAGAUUCAGAUGUUGCUGGUUGAUACUCUAGGAUACGAUGAGCUAGAUUUUGUUGCUACGAUUAUAGCACAUCGAGCCCAGUUAGUUCAAGAACCCAGCACGACAACAAGUACUACAAAAUCUGUCACAGGACGGCUUCUGUCAAGACAAGAAAGAGAAGAAGCUUUGCGACGUGCUGAUGAGGAGCACAAAAAUAAAGCUCUCAAAGCGUCAGUUGAUCGGACAAGUACAAAAUACCCCCAUGUCUAUCGCAGUCAUGAAGCGGGUAAUACACUUUCAGCUCAUGGAACCAAAUAUACCUUGCCGUUAGGCAGCGAGCGGAAAGAACAUCAGUUCUACGAGGAAUAUACUAUUCCUGCUGCGAGGGUUGGUACCGUUGGAGCUGAUCAGAAACUUGUCAAGAUCAAAGAACUUGACGGGCUGUGCCAACAAACCUUCAAAGGUUACAAAGCCUUGAAUCGUAUGCAAAGCCUUGUAUAUCCGGUAGCAUACAAGACGAGCGAGAACAUGCUUAUCUGUGCUCCUACCGGUGCCGGUAAGACAGACGCCGCUAUGCUCACAAUUCUUAAUACUGUUGCAAAGAAUGUUAUACCAAAUCCAAUUGAUGAGCCAAAUGCCAUGGACUUCAUCCUCCAGGCUGAUGCCUUCAAGAUCGUGUAUGUGGCGCCCAUGAAGGCCUUAGCGGCAGAAGUUACAGAGAAGCUAGGAAAACGCCUGUCAUGGCUGGGCAUCAAUGUUCGAGAACUUACAGGCGAUAUGCAUCUUACAAAAGCAGAAAUUGUACAGACGCAAAUAAUUGUUACGACUCCUGAGAAAUGGGACGUCGUCACACGGAAGAGCACAGGCGAUACCGAGCUCGUACAGAAGGUUCGUCUACUCAUCAUCGACGAAGUCCACAUGCUGCAUGAUGAGCGUGGUGCAGUGCUGGAAUCACUUGUUGCUCGCACUGAACGUCAGGUUGAAAGCACGCAGUCCUUGAUUCGUAUCGUCGGUUUAUCAGCCACGCUCCCAAAUUAUGUCGAUGUUUCAGACUUUCUCAAAGUUAACCGUAUGGCGGGAUUGUUCUACUUCGACGCAUCAUUUAGACCUGUGCCUCUUGAGCAACAUUUUGUCGGUGUCAAAGGGAAACCCGGAUCAAAGCAGUCGAAUGAAAACCUAUCGCAAGUCACAUUCGAGAAAGUCUGCGAAAUGUUGAAACUGGGCCACCAAGUUAUGGUUUUUGUUCAUUCUCGAAAGGACACGUUCAAAACGGCAAAGGAUUUGUACGAGAGGGCACUGCAUGAUCUUCAAACAGAUCUAUUUGACCCAACCGGCCAUCCUCGUUAUGAAAAUGCCGUGCGUGACAUGAAAAGCUCGAAGGCUCGUGAAUUAAGAGAGCUCUUACCGAAAGGCAUGGGUACACAUCAUGCCGGAAUGCCCAGAUCCGAUCGAAACCUGAUAGAGCGUUUAUUUGCAGAGGGAGUGCUGAAAGUACUCUGCUGCACGGCGACACUUGCUUGGGGUGUCAACUUGCCCGCCGCUGCAGUCGUGAUCAAGGGAACGCAACUUUACAGCGCUGAAGUUGGGAAGUUUGUCGAUCUAGGUAUAUUGGAUGUGUUGCAGAUAUUCGGUCGUGCUGGCCGGCCUCAAUUCCAGGAUACUGGUAUAGGCUUUAUUUGCACAACACAGGAUAAGCUGCAGCACUAUCUCACAGCUGUCACGCAACAGCGGCCGAUUGAAUCCAAUUUCUCCAAGAAGCUCGUGGACAACCUGAAUGCGGAGAUUGGACUGGGAACUGUAACUUCGGUGCAAGAGGGAGUGCAAUGGCUUGGGUAUUCUUAUCUUUUCGUCCGUAUGCAACGAAAUCCUUUGAACUACGGAAUCGAAUGGGCUGAGAUUCGAGACGAUCCACAACUGGUACAGCGAAGAAGAAAACUCAUCAUUGAUGCCGCUCGUGUGCUACAGCAAAGCCAGAUGAUAAUCUUCAACGAGACUACCGAGGAACUCAAAUCGAAGGAUGUCGGUCGUAUCGCAAGUCAAUAUUAUGUUCUUCAGUCAAGCAUCGAAAUAUUUAAUGCCAUGAUGCGGCCACGGGCAACGGAAGCAGAUGUUCUAAAAAUGAUAAGUAUGAGUGGUGAAUUUGACAAUAUACAGUCCCGAGAUACAGAGGAAAAGGAACUCAUGAAAUUGAAGGAUGAGGAGUAUGUUCCUUGUCAGGUAGAAGGUGGUGUUGAAACACCACAAGCGAAAACGAACAUCUUGCUUCAAUCUCAUAUUUCACGCGCUCGUCUGGAGGACUAUACUCUACAGUCAGACACCCUAUAUGUGGCUCAGAAUGCGACACGUAUUUGCAGGGCUUUGUUCAUGAUCGCUCUCAAUCGCCGCUGGGGAUAUCAAUGCUUAGUUCUCCUCACAAUGUGCAAGUCAAUCGAGAGGCAGAUUUGGCCCUUCGAGCACCCUUUCCAUCAAUUCGACCUUCCGCAAUCUGUUUUGCGGAAUCUAGAUGAGAAGAGUCCUGCAUCUUCUAUCGAAGCUUUACGGGACAUGGAUCAAGCGGAGAUCGGGCAACUCGUUCACAACCAGAAAAUGGGAAAAACGAUCAAAAAGCUUCUUGAUAACUUCCCGACUCUCAGCAUUGAUUCGGAGAUCGCACCACUGAACCGCAACGUCCUGCGCAUGAAAAUAUUUUUGACGCCGGAUUUCGUCUGGAACGAAAAACAUCAUGGCACUUCAGAAUCAUACUGGAUAUGGGUCGAAAACUCUGAGACAUCGGAAAUUUACCAUCAUGAAUUUUUUUUGUUGAACAGAAAGAAGCUGUAUGACCCUCACGAGCUGAAUUUCACGAUCCCGCUCUCAGACCCACUGCCCUCGCAGAUUUACGUUCGCGCAGUCUCAGACCGAUGGUUGGGAGCGGAGACAGUUCAUCCGAUCUCCUUUAAGCAUUUGAUCAGACCAGACACUGAGAGUGUGUACACGGACCUAUUGAAUUUGCAACCACUUCCAAUCACUGCGUUGAAGAAUCCGUUAUUAGAAGAGAUAUACGCGCAGCGCUUCCAGUAUUUCAAUCCCAUGCAGACACAACUCUUCCACUGCAUGUAUCACACCUCAGCCAACGUGCUUCUGGGGUCACCUACAGGAAGUGGCAAAACUGUUGCGGCUGAGCUGGCAAUGUGGUGGGCUUUCCGUGAAAAUCCUGGUUCGAAAGUUGUAUACAUCGCUCCGAUGAAAGCACUUGUUCGCGAGAGAGUUCUAGAUUGGGGAAGUCGUCUUGCAAAGCCAAUGGGCUUAAAGCUUGUCGAGUUAACUGGCGACAAUACUCCGGACACAAGAACAAUUCGUGAUGCUGACAUUAUUAUCACUACUCCCGAGAAGUGGGACGGUAUUAGUCGUAGUUGGCAAACUAGAGACUACGUCCGCAAAGUUAGCCUUGUGAUUAUCGACGAAAUUCAUCUCCUAGGUGGCGACCGUGGGCCUGUUCUUGAAAUCAUUGUCUCGCGCAUGAACUACAUAGCUUCGCAAAAGAAGGGCUCCGUUAGGCUUGUAGGAAUGUCGACUGCAGCAGCAAAUGCUACUGAUCUAGGCAACUGGUUAGGGGUUAAGGAGGGCUUGUUCAACUUCCGGCAUUCUGUCCGCCCUGUACCCCUGGAAAUAUAUAUUGAUGGCUUUCCUGAGCAGCGCGGAUUUUGCCCAUUGAUGCAAAGCAUGAACAGGCCAACAUUCUUAGCAAUCAAGCAACAUUCGCCUGAGAAGCCGGUGAUCGUGUUUGUCGCUUCUAGAAGGCAAACACGUCUUACUGCAAGGGAUUUGAUCAAUUAUUGUGGCAUGGAGGACAACCCAAGACGAUUCUUGCGGAUGCCUGAGGAAGACUUGGCUCUAUAUCUGAGCAAGGUGAAGGAUGAGUCGCUACGGGAAGCGCUCAGCUUCGGCAUCGGACUGCAUCACGCUGGUCUCGUCGAGACUGAUCGUCAACUGUCGGAGGAGUUGUUCCUUAACAACAAAAUACAGAUCCUUGUGGCCACUAGUACUCUUGCGUGGGGGAUCAACAUGCCUGCUCACUUGGUUGUUGUCAAAGGGACACAGUACUUUGAUGCAAAGACGGAAAGCUAUAAAGAUAUGGAUCUGACAGAUGUGCUGCAGAUGCUCGGCCGAGCCGGACGGCCACAGUUCGACUCUUCAGGAAUCGCACGGAUCUUUACGCAGGAUUCUAAGAAGGCCUUUUACAAACACUUCUUACACACCGGAUUCCCGGUCGAGAGUUCAUUACACCUUUCGCUGAGCAACCACCUGGGCGCUGAGAUAUCCGCGGAAACCAUCGGCACGAAGCAAGAUGCACUUGACUACCUGACGUGGACGUUCUUCUUUCGACGUCUGCACAAAAAUCCCACAUAUUACGGUCUUGACAUUUCUGCUGAAGAGAAUGAUACUGUCGAAGCACAGCGACAAGCCAACGACUUCAUAGUCAACCUUGUCUCCAAGUCGUUAGAUGAGCUGGCAGAGUCUGACUGUAUAGAGCUACACUCGAAUGGCGACAUUGACCCCACACCCUACGGUAAAAUCAUGAGUUAUUACUAUCUCUCACAUAAGACCAUCCGACACUUCCUCAAAUCGGCAGAACGCAACCCGAAAUUCGCCGAUGUGCUCUCGUGGCUGAGCAUGGCAACUGAGUUUGAUGAGCUGCCUGUGCGACAUAACGAAGACCUGAUAAAUGCGGAACUGAGCAAGAACCUGCCGCUACAAGCCACGCAUCUAAAACUACCAAUGUGGGAUCCGCACGUGAAGGCCUUCUUGCUGCUUCAAGCACAUUUUGAGAGGGUCGAUCUGCCAAUCAGUGAUUAUGUAGGCGAUCAAAACAGUGUUCUCGAUCAGAGCAUCCGGGUAUGUCAGGCUAUGGUGGAUGUUCUUGCUGAGAUGGGAUAUUUAGAGGCUGUGAAGGCUGUGAUCGGCCUGAUGCAGUGCAUCAAGUCCGGGAGAUGGUGUGCAGACGGGCCAUUGGCCCUGUUUCCUGGGGUGCAAGUUGAAAAGGAAAGGGCACGAAUUGGUGAAGAGACGAACAAUUUGAAGACACUAAACGAAUUGGUGACUGCUUCGAAGGCCGAGCUCGAGAAGGUCGGCGGUGCAGUAGGUGUUAAGCCAAAUGGCAUGUCCCGCUUCUUGAAAGCGGUUGCGCAACUCCCCGAUCUGAACGUUGCGGCCUCUGGCAUCAAUGCGCUGGGAUUCUCGGUUCACAUCACGCGCACCAGACAACUUGAGCAUCCGGACCUAAGAAUGUACGCACCAAGCUUCCCAAAGCCGCAAUCAGAGGGGUUUUUCCUGCUGGUGUCUCGAGCUGGAACAGAUGAUCUGAUUGCAUUGAAACGCAUCAGCUGGCCUUCUGGAGAGACUAGUCGAGCCAGAUUCAACGUCAAGUCGGCGAUCAAGGUUCCAGAUAGUGUACAAGGUAGCGCCGUGGACGUAAAAGUGGUUAGCGACGGGUAUAUUGGGAUGGAAUGGUCAGUCGAAAAGGUGGACAUUCCUGCCGCCCCUUUGGUGGAGGACGCGGGGAAGAAGGAGGCAGCUAUCCUGUAAAGCGCAGAUCACUUGCAUGUAGUAGAAUACUGCAGGGAACGGACUAAUUAUCGACA